UAAGAAAUCAAAAUCCUCAAAACCCCCAAAAUCGAAACUCAAAAACCCUAAUAAAUGAAACGAAUCCAGAUUCUGCUGGAAUCAUCACUCUCCGAGUAAAAAAAUGGAUCCAAUCGCUUCCGUAGUGGAGAAAGUUAAGCUCUUUGCGAAAUCGAGCCACGACUUAGUCUCCAGCCACUUCGCCUUCCACGAGCCUCCUUCACCCCAGAGCCCGAUUGAUAUCUUGAAGCGUUUGCAACGAGAAGCCUUCUCUGAUAUAACGAAGCUUAGAGACAGACAAGAGAAAAUGGAGAGAGUUAUUUCAUCUAAAGGAGGUCCCUUUCAAGAGACUAGCACUAACGUGAGAGGUGAAGUUGAUGUCCUUGGAGCAAUGCUGAUGAUGGGAAACGCUGACGAGGAGAGUUUGGAUGGAGUGAGACAUGGGUUGCUUUGUAGGUUCGUGUUUGAAACUAGGCUUAGGGAGAGGGAUAAGCUUGUGGCUGAGCUCGUUGCUGGUGUUUCAGGGAACCAGCUGUCUUUAGCUAAAGUUUUCUACAAGGCAGAGAUUAGUGAUUGGUUAUCUGCUGUUGCUGUUCCCGUUGGGGCGCGUUUUAGAGAUAUUGAUGCUGCUCUUGUGUCUUCUUACCAGGGAAUGAAUCUUACAGAAGUUUCUGAACUUGGACCACCGCUUUUGAACCAACGUAACGAUAGUGCCAUAGGAUUAACAUUCAGAAAGUCAGUUAUGGUAGCUUCACUGGCUCAAUCCAUCACAAGCCUUGAAGGUGAACAAGGUUUGGAUGCAACAAACCGUUGUUUCAGAACUUUCGGGGAAGUAACCUGCCACAUUCUGAGGGAUGUAAAACUAUCUCUACUUGGCUGUCACCAGAUUUUAUCACCACCGUCUAACAGCCUCCGUUAUUCUGCUGGAGCCAUUACAGUCCCAGUAAGUUUCCUAAGGCGGGGUUUUGCUAUGGAGCCUCUGGAGAUGAGCAGAGACAUGAAUCAUGUGUCCUCCUCUAGCUCCAUUGCUUUGAAGUUAGACUCUUUAAUAGACGAGUGUACAAGAGUUGGGGGAUGGAUUGAGGUUCAAAACUCAAGAGAGAAUCAAGUGAUAUGGUCAGUUUCUAUUACAGACAAACCAGAGGAUGAAGUGGGCUGGGGCAUGAGCGUUGGGGGAGUAAAUCAUGAUCGGUUUCAAGUGGAAUCGUAUCUCAAAUUCAACAUAGGCCAUCGGUUUAGCUUAAGUCCAGGUCUUGUCUAUCUCACAAACAGUAAAGGAAGAACCGUAGGUCUUAUGCUUCAGUCUCAUUGGUCUCUGUAAUCUUUAAUGUUUAUCCAUAGUUGUAUCUACCACUAAUUGCAAAUGUUUAGAGAAAAAAAAGGUCUAACCAAAUCUAGUGUAGCUGCCUUAUUGGAAUAGUUGUUAACGUGUGGCUGUACCAAAGGACAAAGAAAAACCAAGUUGUUUCAUUAAUAUCCAAAGUUAUUAUCACCCGAUGA